AUGGCAGCUUCGAGAGUUAAAUUUGCGAAAACGCCAGCUGUGGAACAUGAUGCAGCCAAAAAAGCAAAACUCGACGAGGUUUAUGGGCCGGUAGCGAGCAAUGCAAGUUUGGAUCAUCGCCGAAAAUGGGAUCGCGAAGAGUACGAGCGAAAAGCGCAGGAGCGGCUUAUGGCCGAAGCGGAGCAGGAAGCGAGGGCGAAACGGAAGCUGGUGCACACUCCUGAUGAGCAGAAAGUGAAGCGGGAAUACCUCAGAGCCCGAGAAUACAAGACGACACCAUCAGCUGAAACUGGUGGCUACUAUUGUGAUGUGUGUGAUUGUGUUGUCAAAGAUUCCAUCAAUUUCCUGGAUCACAUUAAUGGCAAGAAUCAUCAACGCAAUAUGGGCAUGAGUAUGAAGAUCAAGCGAAGCACGCUCGAAGAAGUGCGACAGCGAUUUGAGUUCAAAAAAACGCAACAAGAAAUGUCAAAGAAAGAAAGCGAAAUGCGCGAGAGGCUUGACGAUGUUAAGGAAGAAGAAGCUCGUAUGGCCGACUAUAAGAAAACAAAGCGGCUGGAACAGAGGAAGAAAAAACAGCCUGAGGCAGAAGUACAGCUGGAUGAGGAGGUUGCUGCAGCUAUGGGUUUUGGCGGUUUUGCUACCAGCAAAAAGUGA